CCCGUCUGCCGGACGGCCGGCCCCUUCCUCCAAUUCAGCUCUGCUUUCAGCUUCGACGAAGGCUCUGUCUGUGCCUCUGCUUCCUCUACAAAAUCCGGCGACCUGCAAAAGGCUACAGCGCCGUCUCCAGCCGACGAGGAAAACCAGGAAGGCGGGAUCAAGGAGCGGCCAGGUUGGCGGCUAGGCGACGGGCCGAGCAGAAGUUUCUCCGCCCCGUUUGUCGAGAAUCGGCUGAGCGGCGAAAUCCCCCAAAUAUCUCCUCAAUCGACAGCUAUUAGGAAGUUUGAAAGGUCAGAUUCAUUACAUUUACUUGUUUAUUGAUGAGAAAUCUAGGAGAUGAUUCAAACUAGGAUUGUACUGGUUGAAAUUUUUACGGCAGAAGAUUAUGAUAUUAGGGUUGGAUUUGUCUGCUUUUGGAUGCGCCGCUUUCAUCUAUGAUAAUGUCACAGAUAGGAGGUUUGUGGAAGCAAUGUUAGCUUAUAAAAUGGGUUUACGGAUGUUUGCAGAUUGACUAGCACAACUUAAACCUGUAGUAGAGCAGCAGCAGCAGCAGCAGCAGCAGCCAUGGCCAAGCAUCAUCCUGAUUUGAUCAUGUGCAGGAAGCAACCGGGCAUUGCCAUUGGGCGACUCUGCGAGAAAUGUGAUGGCAAAUGUGUGAUCUGCGACUCCUACGUGCGCCCUUGCACGUUGGUGCGAGUCUGCGACGAGUGCAACUACGGAUCGUUCCAGGGUCGUUGUGUCAUCUGCGGUGGAGUGGGCAUAUCUGAUGCUUACUACUGCAAAGAGUGCACUCAACAGGAGAAAGACCGCGAUGGCUGUCCCAAGAUUGUGAAUCUGGGCAGUGCGAAGACCGAUCUGUUCUACGAGCGCAAGAAAUAUGGGUUCAAGAAAAGAUGAGAAGCGUCGGGUAUGAAUUUUGUUGCACUAGCAGCUAGAUGCUGGUUGCAGUUUAGUAUUUGUCCCCACUGAGACUAGCAGUCCCUGCUGCAUCUCUAUCUUUGCUUCAUUAUGAAUGCGUCUCGUUGUUGCUUUUUGCAACCAAGAACUGGCUGAGUUUGGAAGUAGAUGUGCUAUCAGUUGCAUAAGCUACAGCUUUGUUGUAAUGGAGUUGACCUGGAUAUCGAGUCCGGAAGCAGUUGUCGAAUCGACGUGGAUGUUCUUCUGUCAUGUGUUUAUGAUUUCAAUCCUAUUGUCAGCAUAACAUGAUAAUCAAUCUUGAUCAUCUUUUCGUUGGAGGUUGAGGUCUGCAGAAGCUUGGUGGUAACCUUAUUUGCAGUUUACACUAGGGGUGUUCAAAUGGUUACCGUGGUAAUAACCAAACCAAUUAAGCCUCAAUUUCAUUUACCAUGGAAUAAAAUGUCUUAACCAAACCGUCCAAAUUAACACGAAAAACCAAAUUAAUCAAACCAAAGUUUAAUUGGUUUGGUUAAUCGGAUAAUUGGAUUAACCAAAUAACAUAACAUUACAUGAAAACAAUUAUCUUGUUAAUGAAUAAAACAUGACCAU